GCGAGCAGCCGAGAAGUGGAAGCGAGGGCCUGGCCGGGGAUUAAUUUCGAAAAUUGAACCGUACUGAGCUACUAUUUGUUACCCCUGUGAUUUUAACAUACACGAGUGCGGGAAGUGUGAAGCGCGAUCAUGUCGGUGAAUAUGGACGAACUCAGGCAUCAAGUGAUGAUUAACCAGUUUGUUUUGACUGCUGGUUGUGCCGCUGACCAGGCAAAGCAGCUUCUCCAAGCAGCCCACUGGCAAUUCGAGACUGCACUAAGUUCCUUUUUCCAGGAGGCUAAUAUCCCCAGUCACCACCACCAGAUGAUGUGUACUCCACGCAACACUCCAGCCACACCACCCAAUUUUCCUGAUGCAAUCACAAUGUUCUCUAAGAUGCGAGCAUCCGAGUGCACAAGCGGAGGCAGCGGUGGUCCAGCUCAGGUCCCCAUGGCCUGCUCCCCUCCCCCUGCAUCUAUGCCAGGCUUCAGCUCCUUCUGGGCUUCAUCACCACCCAACCACCAGCCCGCCUGGCUGCCCCCCUCCUCUCCCACAGGCCACCACGCACACCUUCACCAUCACCACCACCACCACCACCAUCACCACCACCACCAACAUGCACAUCAGCCGCCCACGUGGCCACCCGUCUCUCAGCCUGGAAGCACCCAGCAAACACCUGUCAUUUCAGCCCUGCAUGGCCAGAGAUGAGACACUACUGUUUGGGGAGGCUGAACGAGGAGUUUAAGGGGUUUUGAAAAUGGCCAGGUUUAAGUGGAGCUUGGUUGUAUAAAUUCAAACAGGAUCUUUAAAAAAAUUUUUUAAAUAAAAAAAAAAAAAAAAAAAAAAAACAACAAACCCACAACAAAACAUUUAAUAAUAAAGGUUUUAGGAUGGCCGGGGAAAGGGACAAGGUUCUCUCUCUCUCUCUCUCUCUCUCUCUCUCUCUCUCUCUCUCUCUCUCUCUCUCUCUCUCUCUCUCUCUCUCUCUCUCUCUCUCUCUCUCUCUCUCUCUCUCUCUCUCUCUCUCUCUCUCUCUCUCUCUCUCUCUCAGCAAUCCUUUUUCUUUUCCCCUCUUACUCCAUUGUUGAUGUAAUAAUUGUCAAAGCCUAGGAAGAACCACUAUGAAAAAGGAAAAGAUUUGGGGUUAGGGGGAUGGGCUGCACAGCUGCCGAGGAGCUUGGGAAAUUGAGUUUUGUGUAUAAUUUUUCACACCACGGAAGCACCUGGAGCCAAGCAGGAGUGAGAGAGACAAGAAUGUAUAAGUUUUUUGAAUCUUGGAUUACCUGCCCCUCUGUAGCACUGCGCUGACAGCAAGCACUCGAAAUAAAGCAGCUGGCAAACCUUUUGACUGAAAA